CAUUAUUAUGAUUUUUUGUGUUUCUAUUAAUUUGUUUCAUUAUCCUCCAAGAAAUCUUGUUUCAAUGGCGGACUAUGAGAAGAAACAUGCUUCUGCAACUACAACCAUAUUCCUAUUGGCUUUCUUCCUUCUGUCCCUUUGUGUCGCCGGUGACUCACCGCCGGCCUACACUCCCAUCGACAAUAUAGUUGUUAAUUGUGGUUUUGAUGGUAACUCAGCUUUAUUAGGAGACACUCGCACAUGGAUCGGAGAUGUCAACUCAAAAUUCUUCUCUUCUGAUUUCCAUCACAACAACGCCUCGAUUGCUCUCACCGCACUCACACAGCCCUCUUCCGCCGUAUACGCAACAGCACGAUUCUCCCGUUCGGAAUUCACCUACUCUUUUCCGGUGAGUCCAGGUCAGAAGUUCAUUCGCCUUUACUUCUACUCUGCUUCUUACCCCAACUUCGACCGCUCCAAAGCCUUCUUCUCUGUCGAGGCCGGUCUCUACUUCACUCUUCUCCAUGGCUUCAAUGCUUCUGUUAAUGCCGAUGCUUCUGGUAAAUAUGAAAUGUUUAGAGAAUUUUGUGUGUGUGUGGAGGGAAACGAUGAGAAGCUCAAUCUUACGUUCACUCCCGCUAAUGAAGACUCGUAUGCCUUUAUUAGUGGAAUCGAGAUUGUAUCCAUGCCCGCAUACCUCUAUUAUACACCAAUUGAUCCCAAUGACGGAGGAUUAAUUAUCCGAGAUUUAAAACUCAUCGGCCAAACCAAUUCAUUCUUCCGAAUUGAAAACUACACAUCUCUGGAGAUGGUAUACAGAGUAAACACUGGUGGAAAUUUUAUAUCCCCUGCUGACGACACUGGAAUGUAUCGGACUUGGUCAGGGGAUAGUAAUUUGUUGGAUGGGUACAUAUACGAUGCUCGACUUGUUAACACAACAAUUCAUCUCAACUAUAGUUUAAUACGACCAUACACAGCACCAGAACUCAUGUAUCAAACUGCUUGGACAAUGGGUCCUAAUGAAACUCUCAACAAGAGCUACAACCUCACAUGGGAGUACCUUGUAGAUCCCGGAUUCUAUUACAUGCUUCGCCUUCAUUUCUGCGAGAUUGAGCCGGAAAUCAACCACAUAAAUGAUAGAUUGUUCCUAAUAUACAUCGGAGACACGAUCGCUGAGGAGAAUGCUGAUGUGUUUCGUUGGGCUGGAGGGAAAGGGAUUCCAUAUCUUAGAGAUUAUGUUGUGUUGGUACCUGCCGGUAGUAGCAAAAAGAAAGUGAAUCUCUCUGUUAAGCUCCAACCAAGUCGAGAUGAGUGGAAAACUAGAUGGCCCAGUGUUCUCUUGAAUGGAAUUGAAAUCUUCAAGUUAAAUGACACGAAGGGUAAUCUUGCUGGGGAAAAUCCAGACCCACCUCCUAUCUUUUCCCCUGCUCAAACUCCUCUGUUUUCAUCUAAUACAAAGAGUAAAGCGGUGAUAGCUGUAGUAAUACCCGUAGUAGUGGGAGGUUUGGUUGCUAUGUUAGCUUUGGGUUUAUUUGUUUUGCAACGAUGCAGAACAUCUACGGACCAUACAUCCAGUGACGGAACCUCAUGGUGGGCUAUACAUUCUAUAUCAACCAACAAAUCGAGCAAGACCCGAAACUCCAAUCUCCCUUCUGAUUUAUGUCGUUACUUUUCACUAGCUGAGAUUAGAGCCGCAACCAAAAAUUUUGAUGAAAUUUUCAUCAUUGGCGUUGGCGGAUUUGGUAAUGUGUACAAGGGUUACAUUGACGAUGGAGGUACCCAAGUGGCAAUUAAGCGGUUGAAACCAGGUUCCAAACAAGGAGCACAUGAGUUCAAGACAGAAAUCGAGAUGCUUUCCCAACUUCGCCAUCUCCAUCUCGUCUCUCUGAUCGGAUAUUGUAACGAUGGAAAUGAAAUGAUUUUAGUGUAUGAUUACAUGUCUCAUGGGACUCUCCGUAGUCACCUCUAUGGGAGCGAUGAACAACCUCUCACGUGGAAACAACGUCUCCAAAUUUGCAUUGGAGCUGCACGAGGGCUACACUACCUCCACACUGGGGCCAAACACACAAUCAUCCACCGUGAUGUAAAAACAACAAAUAUUUUAUUGGACGAGAAAUGGGUUGCAAAGGUUUCCGAUUUUGGUUUGUCAAAAGUCGGACCGAUGAACAUGUCCAAAGCACACAUCAGCACAGUAGUCAAAGGUAGCUUCGGUUACUUGGAUCCAGAGUACUACCGUCGACAACAACUAACUGAAAAAUCUGACGUGUAUUCAUUUGGAGUAGUUCUCUGCGAAGUACUUUGCGCUCGUCCGCCAUUGAUGCGGUUGGCCGACAAGAAGCAAACAUACCUCGCAGAGUGGGUCCAACGGUGUGCCCACAACAACACAAUCACUCAGAUUAUCGAUCCAAAAAUCAAGGACGAAAUCUCACAAGAAUGUUUGAAAAAGUUCAUAGAGAUUGCAGUGAGUUGCAUCCAAGAAGAGGGAAUAAAGCGUCCAUCGAUGAAUGAUGUUGUUUGGAGUUUGGAGUUUGCAUUGCAGCUACAGGAUGCAUCAAAGAAGAAUGGAGGUGAAGAUGGCGUAAAUGGAGGUAGUUGUGACUAUGAAAAGCACGACGAGAAAGAAAUGGAGGAGGAGGAGGAGUCAAUGUUCUCCAGUAGUGUUGAUAAAACAUAUGGUUCGAAAUCAAUGGUGAGCAGUGAUGAGACGAUGCUAAAUAGUGAAGAUUCAGGAAAAGGAAUGUCAGGGAUUGUGUUCUCUGAGAUUAUGGAACCCACUGGACGAUGAAGAAGUAUGAUUGAUUUGGAGUAAUUUUUCGUUGAUUCGCAAUAAUAUCUAUUGUGUAAUAACUUUACGUGAAAGAAGUAGUUUUGUUAUUUGUAGGCAAGUAGAUUUCGAUCUCAGUUGGGGUUGGUGCACUUCUUUUCAAUUAAACCAACAAAAACCAAAGUUUUCAAUGUAGAUUUCGAUGUAUAAUGUCAAUGAAAAUAUGAUAUAGUAUCAGUGUUGGUGACAAAA